AUGCUUUCGCUUUCUUUUUUUGAAUUUCUUCCUAAAGUACAUUUUGAAGUUGGAGUAUUAAGACGUGAGUAAUCAAUCUUUAAUAAAGGAGUGGCCAAAAAGGAACAACUUGUUCAAAUUUGUCAAAAGUUUUUGUAACAGCAAGUGAAUUACUAUAUUUAUUAAAAAUGGCAUCGCCUGCACUUAAAGACCUCCCAAAAGUAGCUGAAAAUUUAAAAAGUCAACUUGAAGGCUUUAAUACUGACAAACUAAAGAAUGCUAGUACACACGAAAAAAUCGUGCUUCCUUCUGCCGAAGAUGUGGCCGCCGAAAAAACUCAACAAUCUUUAAUUUCUGGAAUUGCAACUUUUGAUCCAUCCAAUUUAAAGCAUACUGAAACUAAUGAGAAAAACCCCCUACCAGAUAAAGAAGCAAUUGAACAAGAAAAGGAAAAGAAUCAACUCAUUGCUGGCAUUGAAAAUUUUGAUUCUAAAAAAUUAAAACACACUGAAACGUGCGAGAAAAAUCCUUUACCAACAAAGGAAGUCAUUGAGGAAGAAAAGAAGGCUUAAGAGGAAAUCCGAUAAGAGCAUUCACUUAACUUUAAGUUGAAUGCUUAUUUUAUUACUCAUUCCUAAUAUAUAAUAUUAUUGAAAGAGACACUACUUUGUGAGAAGAAUUUCAUAAUUUUUGCAUAUUUAUAAUAAAUGAUAAAAAUCAUAAAA